AUGCCAGGUGUUUCCGUAAGAGACGUUCCAGCUCAAGACUUCAUCAACGCCUACGCUCAGUUCUUGCAGCGUCAGGGUAAGUUGGAAGUUCCAGGUUACGUUGAGCUCGUUAAGACCUCCGCUGGUAACGAGUUGCCACCCCAGGAAUCCGAGACCUGGUUCUACAAGAGAGCUGCUUCCGCUGCUAGACACAUCUACUUGAGAAAGCACGUUGGUGUCGGUAAGUUGAACAAGUUGUACGGUGGUUCCAUCAACAGAGGUUUCAGACCACACAAGCACGCCGACGCUUCUGGAUCCAUCAACAGAAAGGUUGUGCAGGCUUUGGAGAAGAUUGGUGUUGUUGAGAUUUCUCCAAAGGGUGGUAGAAAGAUCUCUGAGAACGGUCAGAGAGACUUGGACCGUAUUGCUGCUCAAACUUUGGAAGAAGAUGACGAGUAA